AUGGUUGGACGUGAUGAUCAAAAGGAACACUUGUUAGAAGAUCUGACUAAAAGCUACUCUGGUGAACCCAAAGUCAUCCCAAUUGUCGGGAUGGGAGGCAUAGGUAAAACAACCUUAGCAAAAGAAGUUUACAUUUAUGGAUCAAUGCUAUGCCAUUUUGAUGUUCGUUCCAAGGCUACUGUAUCUCAACAACACAACAUAAAGAAAAUUUUCCUAAGCCUUCUGCAAUCGACGAUCAAAAUGGAUGACACGGUUAAGAUGAAAGGUGAAGUAGAGCUAGUAGACAUGCUACAGAAAAGUUUAAAGAGAAAGAGUUACUUAAUUGUCUUGGAUGAUAUCUGGAGUUGUAAAGAUGGCGUGAGACGAUGCUUUCCAACUGAAGAAAAUGCAGGGAAUCAAAUAUUGUUGACUACUCAUAACGAUGAAGUUGCUUGUUAUGAUGGUAAAGCAUUACCAUAUAAGUUCGAGACUGUUGAAAAGAAAAUCGCAGAUGAAUGUCGCGGGUUACCACUAACUAUUGUCGUGGUUGCUGGACUUCUCAAAUCUAAAAGGACGAUAGAAGACUGGGAAAAUGUUGCUAAAGAUGUCAAGUUAUUUGUCACUAAUGAUCCUGACAAACAAUGUUCACGUGUGCUUGGGUUGAGUUACAAUCACUUGACUAUCGAUCUAAAAGGACUAAUGCAAUUAAGGCAUCUCAAACUGUCCACAUGUUAUUUGCCAGAUUGCCCAAGUGGAUCUGUUGACAAAGGGAGACACUUGGAUUUUUCAAACUUACAAACUAUUUCUUACUUGUCUGACCGUUGUUGCAUGAAGGAGGUAAUUGUGGAGAUUCAAAACGUCAAAAAAUUAGGAAUCAGACAAGAUGAGAAUGACUAUGGAUGUUCUCGCAAGUGUAGAAGCUUUUCCAGCAACGCUCAAGAAGUUAAAGUUGAAAAGAACUUUUCUAACCUUGAGGUGCUGAUGCUGAUGGAUUAUGCUUGUGAUUGUGAAGAAUGGCAUGUUAGGGGAUUUACUCGAUUGAAACUUUUGUUAAAUGAAUAUAGUUUUCUCAAGUACUGGAAAGCAUGA